AUGAUUAGCAGCGAUGGUUUGGGAGGUAGUAUUAAAUCUAUUCAAACUAUUAAUAAUUCAGUAGAAGCAACAACAAAUGGAGGGGAACAUCAUCCCGAUAUUGAAACUCAUUGGAAUAAAUUGGAUAAGACCAAGUAUUAUUCUAUUGGAGUGGUUGCUUCCUAUGGUUUACGUUCAAUAUUCUUUCCUAUUAGUUUAAUUGGAGCCCAUCAAGUUGCAAAUUUGCAUGCUCAUGAAUCCAUGUCAACAGUUGCCAAGAGAAUUUAUUCACAACAGGGAAUAAGAGGAUUUUAUAGAGGGUAUUUUACAGCUGCCUCUGGUAAAUGUAUGGUGCAAUUCACAUACUUGAGCUCAUUGGAGUUAAUCAAUCAAUAUUUGCUGUUGGUAUGUUUCAUUCUUCUUUAUUAUUGUGAACUGUUGAUAGCUGGAUUAUUGGCUGAGAUGCUUUCAAACUUUAUUGUGGUUCCUUUUGAUGUGGUCUCACAAAGAAUGAUGAUUUCAAAUGUGACCCAUCCAAAUGAACAUGUGAAAUUAUCGAGUGUUAUCAAGGAAGUUUGGAGAAUGGAAGGAUUAAGAGGAUUUUACAGAGGAAUGCUUACUACAUUAGCAACAUAUGGACCAGAGAGUGCAUUUUGUUGGGGAACUUUUAGUGCUCUCAGAGAAAACAUGUCAGAUAAAUUGGCUCCACAAUUUAAGAGAGAUUUUGAUUUGAUGGUUGUGACUUCUGUAAUCUCUGGAGCUUGUACUGGAUUUUUAUCAGCAUUAAUUUUCCAUCCAUGGGAUAUUAUAAGAUUGAGAAUUCAAACAGGCAUUUCCUCUUCAGAGAGCGAUAGUUUGAACCAACACAAAUUUGGAACCUCUUCUGUGAGGCAAGUUGUGGUUGAUUUGUUAAAAAGAGAAGGUUGGAGAGGAUUUACUAAGGGAAUAUUCUCCAAGGUAAUGUACAACUCUGGAACAUGUUCGUUAGCAAUGACAGUUUACUCAGUUUUGAAAUGGACGUCUCGUAAACAGGAGAGUGAUUAA